AUGAACCCCCUCGACCCAGCUGCGGCUGCCUCCGCCGUCGUCGAAGAAGUCGUCGGCAGUGAUUCAGAAGACGAUCUCCCUCCCAUCGAAGACAAGCCGCCGUACCCAUAUUUCGUCGUCCGACAAGAUGUCCAGCUCGAGGUCAACUUUCGCGAGAAGCGGAUCGAGGGAAAAUCUAAAAUCGUCAUAGCCGUUGUCGCCGGCUGUCAGGUCGACGAGCUCGCCAUCGAUGCGCGACAGACAGAAAUCGACGUCGAAAAAAUCACGAUACAGGUGAUCAAGGAUCUUCAGCCCACCGGUGCCCCGAAGAAGGUUUCAGCGAGCUACAAGGACCCGUAUAAGUUGCUGGAUUAUCCUUCGUACUACAACUGGAACGCCGAACACCACGACUUGAGGAAGAUCCGCAUGCGACCCCUCACGCACACCCGACAGAGCGACGUGCCCGCCGAGAAUAGAGAAUUGGUUGGCUGUACGCCCGUGGACGGUGCUCUGCGAGUCAACCUCCGCGACUUGAAGAAGGUCAAGGAAGAGCCGGGAGCGGGAGUCCCGAAGCGACCGACGCUCAAGAUUCGCGUCUCGAACGUGAACCCGAGCAGUGCCGAGCUCGAUAACGAUUUGAUUCCUGGACGCGAGUACAGAGUGACCAUACCGUUCAAGACCAAACUCGUCCGAGAUGGCAUUCAAUUCGUCGGAGUCGACCCUGGCGACCUCAGAUACCCUCACGCCUACACACGACAUUCGAUUGAACCUGGUACCGCCUCUUGCAUCUUCCCUUGCAUCGAUGAUCACGGACAGCUCUCCACCUGGUCAAUAGCGGUCAAAUGUCCAAGGACGCUCGGCGACGCUCUCUGGCAACCACUGGCCACCCAACAGAGGUCCAACGGCAACACGAACGGCAACCGAGAACGUGGGCAUGUGAGCCACAAGUCGGACAGGGAGUUUUCUCUCACCGAAGAGGACAAGCUUCUCGAGAUGACAGUGGUCUGCUCCGGCACGCUGUCGGACGAAAUUGUGGAUCCUCACGACGAACGCAAGAAGAUUAUGAGCUUUGAUAUGGACAAGCGCGUGUCCGUCCAAAAGAUUGGAUUCGCCGUCGGCCCAUUUGAGCAUGUGGAUCUCUUCUCUGAUUUCCGCACCGAGGAGAACGACGAGAAGCUUGGCGCCAGUGCUCUCAAAAUUCACGGCUACUGUCUGCCUGGGAGGGCUGCGGAGGUCCAGAAUUCAUGUGCCGCACUUGCGGCAGCAGCUGACUUCUUCACCCUCACGUUCGCCCGAUACCCCUUUGAGAACUACAAGAUGUGCUUUCUGGAUGACAUGGUCAACGACACCGUGGCUUUGCAGUCUCUGUCCUUCGUCAGCACCCGCCUUCUUUUCCCCGAGGACAUCAUCGACACAGAGGUGGACGUCACCAGACAACUGGUGUUCAGUCUAGCGUCACAGUGGAGUGGUAUCAAUCUCUUUCCCAACACACGCAGAGAUCUUUGGGUGGUUAUAGGCAUUGCCUAUUACAUGACCGACCUCUUCCUGAAGAAGCUCUGUGGCAACAACGAUUACAGGUUUCGGAUGAAGGAAAUGUCAGACCGGCUGGUGAAUAUUGACAUCAAAAGGCCUUCGUUACAUGAACUCGGCAACCUCUUACACAUCGGAGACUUCGAGAUGGAUUUCAUGAUCCUGAAAGCCCCCCUGGUUCUCUUCAUCCUCGACAAACGUCUUAUGAAGGCGCCUGCUCAGACCAACUUGACCCGCAUCAUCUCGCGAAUUCUCUACAAAGCCAACAUUGGAGAGAAGCAGAGCGAGUGGAUCAUCAACACGGAAUCAUUCCAACGGGUCUGUGAGAAGAACGCAAGAAACAAGCUGGAGGCAUUCUGGCACCAGUGGGUUUACGGAUCAGGCUGCCCUCGAUUCGACGUCUAUCAGCGAUUUAACAAAAAGCGUCUCUGUGUGGAGAUGACGAUUCGGCAAGUUCAAGAUAGAACUUUGACUGAGGCACAAGUUUUGAAAAAGACGGAAUUUUUGCGCGCCGUCAAAGAGAAGUUCCACGGUGUCAAAGGCGAGGACACGGUUGGCUUAUUCACAGGUCCCAUGACCAUCAGGAUUCACGAAGCCGACGGUACUCCAUACGAGCACAUCGUAGAGAUCCGAGAAGACGCUGCGAAGGUUGCCAAGUUCGAGAUUCCAUACAACACAAAGUACAAGCGGCUCAAGCGCAAAAGGCGGGCGACCGAGAAGCUCAGCGCGCAAUCAGCGGCAGACCCAGAUAACAACGAGGAGACACUUCUGUAUUGUCUGGGAGACGUCUUGACUGGGCCCGACGAUCUUAAAAAAUGGGAGUUCUCCGAGUGGGAGGCUGACAUCGAGAAGGCUAUGGACCAAGAAUCCUAUGAAUGGAUCCGGAUGGACGCUGAUUUCGAAUGGGCUUGCGAGAUGAAGACCAACCUCCAGAGCUACAUGUACGUGUCUCAACUACAGCAGGACCGAGACGUGGUUGCGCAACAGGACUCGAUGCUCUAUCUGAAGAAGGUCCCUGCACAUCCGCUGGUGUCCACGUUUUUGACUAGAACUCUGGUGGAUCGUCGAUACUUCCAUGGCAUCAGAACGAUGGCGGCUGAGACGUUGCCCCAAGAAGCUACGGCCAAGACCUCUAUGGUAGGCAUGACGCACUUGCUGAAGGCUUUCACGGAGCUUUUCUGCUACCCCGAUACGCAAACGCCCCGGCCGAAUGACUUUUCGGACAAGAAGCAGUACAUCGUCCAGAGUGCACUGCCCAUGGCCAUUGCUCGGGUUCGCGACUCAAGCGGCAAGUGUCCCGAAGUAGCUCGGAGGCUCCUUUUGAACCAAGUUCAGUACAACAACAACGCGAAUAAUCCUUACUCGGACCACUUCUACGUUGCCAAGCUUCUGGAUGCCUUAGCAACCAGUCUUAUCCCAGAGAAGUCUGGUGAUCAAAUGGACUUGGACACAAAUGUCGAGGAGCACCAUUUUCUUGGCGAAGCCCUGGUUGAGAUUGAUCGCUUCCGCAGGAUGGAUGAGUGGGCCAACUCAUAUCAAAACAUAUGGACCACCACUGCCCUUGAGUGCAGACGAAAGUUGAUGAAGGCCGGUGUCAUUCCCAAAAACGCACUGGAUUUCAUCCAAUAUCUCCAGGACGAGACCUGCGAUCUAGUGCGGAUCAAAGCCUUCGAGGCUCUUGUCGAUCUUGGCUACAUGAUGGAGAUGCCUAUCUUCCGCCUGAUCUUGUCCGUCAUCAGCACCGACAAGUCCCCAUUCGUUCGGGACAAGCUUCUCAACAUUUUCUGUUCCGGCUUGGCUGCUCUGGCUUUUGGCGAGCAGUCCGGACCGAAUUUGUCAGCCCGCGCCCCUAUCAGCGGCGACGUGCUUCAAAUCGAACAUGAUCAAGAGGCUCAGACGCGGGAGCGCCGCAAACAAUUCGACAGGAAGCACGAUGUCGACGUUGCACUGGCUGCAUUGAGAACGGAGAUGGAAGAGCAGUACUCGGAACAUGAGCAGGCGCUGCAGAAAGCAGUCUGGAAGGCACUGAACUCUGCAGUGCUCGGUCGUGCCGAAAAGAUCACGCUCCUCGAGCUGUGUGCUACCAUGUUUGAUGUUGCUGACCGAUGGACGAUCACUCUCAACUUCCCCAAGCGGUGGAGAGCCACUCGUCCAGUGAAGCCCCACCCAGGCAGAUUCAUGGUCAACUUCAAGUCCUACUACAAGACAGCCUUGCCGCAAGUCAAACCGAAGGAGCCCGAGCCGGAGCCCGAGCCGCAAGCUCAGCCGCCGCCGCCGCCGCAACCACAGCCUGUGGCCCGGCCCCCUGAGCCGAAGCGCCUCAUCGUCAACAUGAAGAGUGGCUCUGCCAAGAUCAACAAACCGUUGCCGUCAGCCCCUAGGCCUGUUUCGACGGCCCCACGUCCUUCGCCAUCCCCGGCUGUACAGUCUCCCAAGCCAACUUCCGCGCCUUCGCCCAUGGCAGAUUCGAUUGUCGCAUCGACGAUCAGAAAGGAGACAACUCCGAAGCCGUCGACACCCAAGCCUUCUGUCAUCAAGACUACGGUAUCGAAGCCCUCGCAAACCACCAAGCUUUCUGUCGGCAAACCCGCGGCCUCCAAACCUCCCAUCGCCAAAUCUGCGUUGCCAUCUGGUUCAAGUUCUACAUCGAACGGGCGCUCUACACCUCAGCCCGGACCGUCGUCCGACACCCUGAACAGUAAAGCUCACAAGCGACCUCGACCUGACAAGGUCCCUGGGGUUGACGACGCAUCUCCAGUUCUGAAGAAGGCGAAAUUGAACGUUCGUCCCGAUGGCACCAUUCCAAAGCGCCGGAGAAUGGUUCGAUUCAAGCACCCGAACCUCAAGGCAAUCAUGAAGAAAGCCGGGGUGGUAUCCCAGAUGCCCCCGCCAAGAGACCCGUCUCUGGUCAAGUCUCGCAAGCCUGCGUCUCCGCUCAGCGUUCGAGCUUCUCCCGCUGCGUCUCCAGCACCCGGUCCAUCUGACGGCAGCAUCAUGGCCAAGCCCGCGCGCAAGCCGUUGCCCGGUGGGGCCUCGUCAGGCGCAGCGGCUAGUCCCCCGCCGCCGCCAGCGACAUCCCUUCCGCCUAAGCCGCCUCCGCCGCAAGCAUCUCCGCCGCCGGCUGAUGGCCAGCCCCCGCCGAAGCGCGUCAAGCUCGUCAUCAAGAAGCCAUCGUCCUCGGCGCCUCCGAAAUAG